UGGAUUUUUUCAUCAUAAGCGUGACUUUUCCUUAGUUUAUAAUGAUCUUGAGGCCAAAGUUGAUAGAUAUCCAAAUGGAAAUAUCGCUUCAGAACCAAUUAUGCAACAAGAUUUUAAUGAUGUCCACAGCUUGAAUCGACUGGUCAAGCUUGACAAACCAAAAACAAAACAAACUCAUAUUCCACCUAAAACUUCUGAUAAAAGACGAGGACAGAUUGACUUAACACAUGCUUGUUGGGGUUUAAAGGCAGAGGAUUCACUUCCUGAAUCAUAUUUUUAA